AUGGCCAAAGCAGCUUCUGCUGAACGCGUCAAGCGCAAGAGACCUUCAACUCAUGAGCAGCCCACCACCAAGCGACGAAGGUCAUCAGCAUCCAGCAAUGAAUCCGAGGACCCCAACGCCAAAAUUCUUUUGAUGGAGCAAGGAAUUCUGGAGUCGAAGAAGAAUUACAACGACAUCACCGUUUUGCUCAGUACUGCCAAUGAUUUUAAAAAUGAGAACCCAGAGAGCAUGCUUGCCACAGUUGCCUUGUGUCGAAUCUUUUUACGGCUGCUUGCUCAAGGCUCCUUGAUCGCCAAGAAGACCCUGUCUGAGAAGGAUCUUGUCGUUGUGGGGUGGCUCAAGGGCCAGUUUGGAGAGGUCAAGAAGACUCUUGUCACUCUUCUGCGGGACGAGGAGCUGGCCCCUACAGCGCUGACUUUGUGUAUGAGAACACUCAAGGCCGAGGGCGAGUUCCUGUACGACAAGGACGAGUACACCUUUCCUCGGGCUUUUCUUAGAGAAAUUUUGGCCGCGCUGUUUGAGAGCGAAAACGAGGACGUGAUCAAGGCCUAUGUCGAGGAGUUUGUGGAGCAGUACGAUGACAUUCGCUACUUUACUUUCAACUCUGUCAAGCACGUUAUCAAGCAAGAUGAAGAAGAGCCCUCACCAGAGCUUUUUGAUCGCUGUUUCGCCCUCUUGUCAGCUUUAGACGGUGUUCCAGAAUCCGCUGAUCAACUUGAGGACUUUUACGUCCCCAAGCCCAAGAAGAAGACUCAUCCUCUCCGCAAUGUUAACCAGCACAAGAAGCAAGGCCAGGAGGCAUGGCUUACGCUAAUGACCCUCGUGGACGAGGACAAGUCACGAAAGCGAAUACUCGAUAUCAUCUCGACUGUGAUUGCCCCCUGGUUCACAAAACCCGAGUUACUUUCAGAUUUCUUGACGGAUUGCUACAACGGCGGCGGCUCCAUGUCCCUCUUGGCUUUGUCUGGUGUCUUUUACUUGAUCUCAGAGCGAAAUCUCGACUACCCAUCGUUUUACUCCAAGCUUUACUCCCUCCUUGACCGCGAUAUCCUUCACUCGAAGCACCGAUCUAGAUUCUUCCGUCUUCUGGACAGCUUCCUUGCCUCGACACAUCUUCCUGCGGCCCUGGUGGCCAGCUUCAUCAAGCGCCUUGCUCGUCUAGCAUUGAAUGCGCCCCCUGGAGCCAUUGUCUUUGUAACACCUUGGAUCUACAACUUGCUCAAGCGUCACCCGACAUGCACAUUCAUGAUUCACCGCGAGGUGCAAGAUCCAGAGGCGAAGAAGUACAUUGACGAGCAUGGCGCCGAGGAUCCUUUCCUCCCCGAAGAAACAGACCCUAUGCAAACACAAGCAAUUGACAGCUGUCUUUGGGAGCUCGUUCAGCUUCAAUCACAUUAUCACCCCAAUGUUGCCACCAUCUCAAAGAUUAUCUCGGACCAGUUCACUAAGCAGUCUUACAACAUCGAAGACUUCCUUGAUCACUCAUACGCCACUCUGUUCGAAGCCGAAAUGACCAAGGACGUCAAGAAGGCUCCUGUGGUCGAGUUCCAAAUCCCCAAGAAGGUGUUCACACCGAACGAGGGUGAGAGUGUGGGCGAGCCGGAUAGCCUGGCGGUUAAGUUGUGGGACUUUGGGGGAGGUGUAGGUACUGAGGUUGUUUAA